AUGAAAAUUUACCGGAAGAAAAAACGUGAAGAAAAAUUGAAAACUGGAAAGGUAGAGCCAAAAAAAAUUGCAAAAAGUUCAACUCAGCGUACCAGGGAUUUUCGGGCACGUGCAGCAAACUCAAUUCUCUCACAGACACGAACAGCUGACUCAACUAUUGCUUUAUCUAAUCUGGUUGUCAGUUCUGCAACUUUACGAGCGCCAUCGUUGUCAUUUUCUCCUACUCCGUCUACAUCAACAGCGACUGCAUGUAAUACAAGCCCUACAGAAAUUCACCCACAUCCUGCCGAAGUUGAACAAGAAAGAUUGGUUGGAGAAGAUGUUGAACAAACGGAAAAUGUUGUACAUAACUCGACUGUUAGUCAGUAUCACAACUAUCAAAAAAUCAGUACCGCUCAUGACGAGUUGAAAACAAAAUUUUUGGACAAUAAUUUUGGUGUAGUAUGCAAUGUUUGUGAUCGUCUAUGUUACGAAAGUGAUAUGAAAAGCUUACCUCCAUGUGCAAGAGAACUUAUAUCGGCUGAAUUUCCAGAUCUCAAUUUUGAAACUGCUUGUAUCUGCAGUACGUGUCAUUUGGCUCUCAGUAAAAAUAAAACUCCGACACUAUCAAAAUCACAUGGGUUUAAAUAUCCAUCUAGGCCACUUCAUUUGCCUGAACUUGACUUGAUUUCUGAGCGACUUAUUUCGCCACGAUUACCAUUCAUGACCAUCGGGAGACUUCCACACGGAAACGGCCAGUAUGGAAUUUUGGGCCAAGUAGUCAACGUUCCAGUAUUUGUAUAUAAUAAGGUGGUGUUCACUGCACGAGGACUUAUGCCCCCAGUUUUCACUCCACUCAACGACGAUGGAACCAUCAGAUUCUCGGCUAUCCCUCCGUAUGCUCAGUAUCUUGCUGAUGCCGGCAUCAAGUCCGUCCUUGUGGGCGGUACGACGGGGGAGAACAUGUGCUUGAAAGUGGAAGACAGGAUGAGGUUAGUGGACGAGUGGGUAGCUUGUUCGAAGACUACUCGCCUGCACAUCAUGGUGCAAGUAGGCGGUGCGCCUAUGGCCGACGUCCUUACUUUGGCGAAAUAUUGCCAGAGUGCAGGUGUCCACUCCCUGCUGACACUACCUGAGUUGUACUUCAAGCCUCAGUCUGUUGACGAGUUGGUUUCCUACGUUCAACUAGUGGCCGAGGCGGCGCCACGCCUCCCUGUCUUAUAUUACCACAUUCCGAGCAUGAGCAAAGUGGAAAUCAACAUGCCACAAUUUGUAUCUGCUGCUACGAAGUGCAUACCUAAUUUCAGAGGUAUAAAGUUUACGUCGAAUGAUUUGAGCGAGGCGGCGCAGGUCCUGAGAAACUUACAAGAUGGCCAGGAAAUCUUCUUGGGUGCCGAUACUUUGAUGGCCCCGGCCGCGUUAUUAGGCAUCACUUCAAGUAUAGGCACAUCCUUCAACUUAUUCCCAGAGUUGGCUCAGCAGAUAUUGAAGGCCGUGGAAGAUAACGACGUACCGUUCGCUCGACGUUUGCAAGAAAAACUCAGUUUAGCCAUCGAGGCUCACACUAGCGAAGGUGCGUGGGUGCCAGUAAUGAAGGCCGGCAUGGAGAUUGUCUCCGGAAUCAAGGUGGGCCCGCCGGCCCUACCUCAAAGGCCAAUAUCGGAAGAGGCCAAGGCCAGAAUAGCACAAAAACUUGUCGACCUAGGAGUAGUCGACGUUAAAGUCAAAUUGGAACAAUAA